AGGGGGACGCUGGAGGGGAGGGGGUGACAGAAAAAAAAAACAAAGAUGGCAGUGUAGACCUAGGGACGAACUAUCGAAAAGACGACAGCGAAAAGAGCAGGUUUUAGGCUUUCAGGUGAGACCGGAGUGUGUGUGAGUGUGUGAGAGAGAGUGUGUGAGAGUGUGUGUACUGUGCUCCGGAAGGCGGAGAGGACGCGGUUAGCCCGGGCAGCUCGCACUGCCACAGCCGAAUAACGGAGUCUCCAGCUGGCGAGCAGCAACAACAAGACCUGCGCUGUGGAUGCAGGGGGAAAGCACGCUACUAAACAUUCUCGCAUAUUCAUAUCCACUGGGAAGUGAAGUAAGCCAUCACAUCUGCACUUCACAGCCAGACAUACAGUCUGUGUUUACUUUCCUCUGAACUGGGUCCACUUUGUGUCAGGGACUCACAUAUGAAUCGGAGCUUAUUAUUACGGACGAGUUUAUACACAGUCGGGCGUGUUGUCAGGAGCUCGGCAGUUCCACAUUUCCACAAUAAAUAAUAAUAAUAAUAAUAACAACAACAACAACAAAACAACAACAAUAAUAAUAAUAAUCCUGCGUGUUUGGGUCGGACGCGGAUGUCUUCGAUGGAAGAGCGAGGUGAGGUGGCGGCCGCUCCAGGCUCAUCCUCAGCCGGCGUGGGUGUCGGGCCGGAGGCCGUGGCUGCAGGUGCGGGUUUAUCCGGGAUUCAGGAAGAAUCAGGCAUGCGGAGAGAAGGUUCCGGUUCCGGUUCUGUUCCAGAGACAGACCCGGACGCGCCGCCCAAAAAGCGCGUGAGGCUGCAGGAGGGUGAAGCGGGUAAGCUCGAGGAGCGCCUCUACUCCGUCCUGUGCUGCACCGUGUGCCUGGACUUACCCAAAGCCUCUGUUUACCAGUGUACAAACGGGCACCUGAUGUGUGCUGGCUGCUUCAUCCAUCUGCUGGCGGACGCACGGCUAAAGGAAGAGCAGGCCACGUGCCCGAACUGCCGCUGUGAGAUCAGCAAGAGCCUGUGCUGCAGGAACUUGGCUGUAGAGAAAGCUGUAAGCGAACUGCCCUCGGACUGCAGCUACUGCCUCAAACAGUUCCCCCGCUCCAGCCUGGACCACCACCAGUCAGAAGAGUGCCAGGACAGGCUUACGCAAUGUAAAUACAAGAGGAUUGGCUGUCCGUGGCAGGGGCCAUUCCAUGAGCUCACUGCCCACGAGGUUGACUGCUGCCACCCAUCUAAGACUGGCAUCGAGCUGAUGGGCAUCCUGGAUGAGAUGGAUCAGAGCCAUCGCCGAGAGCUGCAGCUCUAUAACAGCAUCUUCAGCCUGCUCAGCUUCGAGAAGAUCGGCUUCACAGAGGUGCAGUUUCGGCCGUACCGCACAGACGACUUCAUCACCCGGCUGUACUACGAGACGCCACGCUUCACCGUGCUCAACCAGACAUGGGUGCUGAAGGCACGUGUCAACGACUCAGAGCGCAACCCCAAUCUUUCCUGUAAGCGCACACUCUCCUUCCAGCUGAUCCUGAAGAGCAAAGUAAACUCGACGCUGGAGUGUUCCUUCCUGCUGCUCAAGGGCCCGUACGACGACGUGAAGAUCAAACCCGUCAUCCAGCACCACGUCUUCUCCAACGACGCCAACGAGACGGAGUACGCGCCGCUGCCCAUCAGCGACAGCGUCGAGUGCAACAAGCUGCUGGCUGCCAAAAACAUCAACCUGCGCCUCUUUAUCUUUCAGAUCCAGAAAUAGGUGGAGAACCGAGGCGUGGAGGAAGCGAAGGGAGGCAGGGAAGGAGAGGAAGGGUGAAGAAGUGACCCUGAACCACACAUACCUCGACAAGAACAAGGAUGAGAGAGCAAGCUAUUUAGAGAUGGGCCUAUACAACCUGCAGUCGCCUGUGUUUGUUUGUGUGUGCCUGUAUGUGAUUAAUAGAAAUGUUUUCUGAUCCUAUAUGGUCCAAAAUGCGUGUCUGUUCAUCAACAAUCUGACCAUUACUGAUCCGUCACUAGUUUUAAAAAACAAACAAACAGGACAGUCCUGAUUGGACACCACAUUCAAUAUUGUACGUGUGGGAGUGUGUGCAUGCAUGUAAGUAUGAAUGAGUGCGAAUGCGCAAGAUAACCUAAUUGAAGCACUACAGACAAGUCGACUAUCUCAGCAUGUGUGUGUGUGUGUGUGUGUGUGUGUGUGUGUGCGUGCGCACGUGUGUGUGUGUGUGUGUAGAUUCACUUGUGACUGUGAGACAGACAGGCUUGUUGGAGACAUAAUCCAGGAAGCACUGGAUUGAUGUUUUUAAACAGCCUGCAGUUUAGGCAGUGUUACUUAAGACAUCCUGUGGUACUGUACAUGUGUGUGUGUCCAUGCAGUGGUUCUCUCCUGCUCAGAACCCUCCUCUCAAGGCUUACACGCACACACAUAUACACACACAUACACAAAAUCUGAGCAGAAAAUAGGCUGCAACUGCUUUAAAUGUAUUUUUGUAAGUGAAGGGAGACAUUUUACUUGAGGUACAGCAGGUCAGGCAGCCUGAACAAAAUGGCUGCUGACCUCUGAACGCAGAAGAGUGGAGUUUGCAUGUUUUUAGUUUCUUCUCUGUGUGUUCUUAGGAGCACAAAUGUUUAUCCCAGUAGCAUUAUAGUCUUGUAAACUAACUUAAGUUUGAUAUUUUUAACACAAUUAUUAUUUAAGGACCUGUGAAACUUAGCUUUAUAUCUUAUUUAGAGUUUGAUUUGUUAUAUUUUCCUCUCUUACUUCUCGUACACACAGUCACACAUCCCUGUACGGCCCAUUAAUGGCACCAGCUAAUCCAUCGUUAUUACUUUAUUUUAACCCAAAUGCAUUAUGGUUAGCAACAAAGAAUCUACUCACUAUAGAAACAGACUUCCCCUACCUACACCCACACACAUCAGAGAGCCAGACAGGGUCUAAUCACAUCCCUGUGGUGUUGAACUCAACCGAUCCAUUUUAACAUACUUGAAUUCUUGCAGGGGGGAGAAAGCGUGAAGCUGAUCUAGACCGUGUGUUCGAUAUCGAAGAGUCUAGUUUGAACCUGUUUCUGUAUUGAAAAAGCUUUUAAUUCUCACAUUACACUCUGCCUGUAUUUGUGCCUUUCUAUUAAAGCUCAUCGAAACGAAA